AUCGCCGUGGUGGGUGGACGCGGAUGUGGGCGCGUGCACGCCAGUGUGAAACCGCUGCCGCGCGCUAAAAUGGCGGUGACGCGUUACCGGCGGUUCCUCCGGCUCUGUGAGGAAUGGCCGCUCGAUCACACCAAGAAGGGCCGCGAUCUAGGCACCUUUCUGCGGCAGCGGGUGGCGCUGGCCUUCCGGGAGGGCGAGAACACCCAGAUUGCAGAUCAAGAGAAAUGUGACCAGAUGUAUGAAAGUUUAGCUAGAAUCAACUCUGCUUAUUACAAAAAUAAGUACCCUCGUCUCAGAAACACAAGUUUUACUGGUGUGACAGCGGAAGAAUGUCGAAUGGUUCUUGCAACAGAUAAUAUGAAACAAAUGGAAGAAAUGAAGAAAGGUAUGUGGAAAAAGCUGCGAGAGAAGUUCACAGGCAAACCAGAUAAUGUUACCAAGGAAUAUGUCUAAUUGUUGCACCUUACUGAAACUGCAAUUAAUAUCUGAAACUGCAAUUAAUAUUUAUAUGUUGGUUGCCAAAUAAUAAACAUCUGUUUUCUGGAAUUAUUUUUGGACUAUAUGCUUAUGGAAAUGAUCUAUGUAAUUUGAAAGUUUAAUUUUGAUCUUUUGAAAUAUACUAUUACACAUGUUCAAAUGUGAAAGUUCAUAUUUUAAAGUAUACUAUAAAUCCAUGUUUUCUGUAAUAAAGUAGUUAUAAUAUUCAGUUACCACGCCCAGGGAAAGGAUUACUUGUAAAAUAGCAUAAAAUAUCUUAAUAAAAGCAAUUUUAAAGAAACUAAAGAUGCAUGCAAUCA